AUGUCAUUAUUCCCAGCAUAUAGUGCAGAAGCCCAAAACAAUGAAGAAAACCCAAAUUUACAGGAAAACACCACAGAAAAAGAUAAUACAUGGCUAAGCAACUCAAGUUUUCAAGUUAAUGUAGACCUUAUUAAGAAAGCAAAUGAUGACAAAAACAUUGAUGAAGCUCCAAAAAUUAAAAAACUCAAAAUCGAAAAACCCAAGAUUGUAGCUACCAAAGUAAAUCAAAAAGUUGACGAAGUUGAUGACAAACCUUAUUAUGUAGACGUAAAGGGUAAUAAGGAAUUUUUUAAUGUAAGAACCAUAUCUAGGCCUGCUGUUGCCAGAUAUAAAGUUGCGUUUUACCUUACAAAACAUAGAAGCAAAAAACAUAGGAUUAAAAGAUAUUAUCACAGGAGUUUGCAAGUGAAAGAAGUUGAGGUAAAUGAUGAUGAUGCAGAACCAAAAAAAAUUAAGUCAUCGAGAACAGAAUCGGCUCAUGGAUUGAUAGAAGAAGCUAACAUGUCACAAACAACGGCUAUGUACAACAAAUCAUUAUCGGAUAAUCCUAAAGAUAUUGAAGUGUGGCUUAAAUACGUUAAAUUCCAGGACACUUUGUAUCAAUUUGAAAAAGUAUAUAAAAAAGGAUCAAUGGCUAAGGCAUUACGAGUACUUGCAGAACGUAAGUUGUCCAUCAUCGACAAAGCGUUAACUCACAAUCCAAACUGUGAAAUAUUACUUCGAGAGCGACUGGGUGUUGCUGUGAGUACAUACCCCGCAGAUGAACUGCAAGUAAUGCUGAAAAAUACCGUCGAGAAGGAUCAGAGCAACAUUAUUUUUUGGCAGGGGUACAUUGAAACAACCCAAUGCAACAUGUCGUUGUGCAACACGCCAGCCGUGCUGAAUUUAUACACCAAAUGUUUGUCGGUUUUGCACAAACUACGACGCAACUCCAGCUUGGAUAGACCCACGUUGGAGGAAAGCAUACUGAAGAUGUUGUAUCAAUGCGGGUUGUUUAUGAAGCAAGCCGGGUUGUUUGAACAGCUCUGGACGCUCUUGAGAAUGUAUUUAGAGUUGAAUCUAUCGCCCGCAGACAAAGGCAAAUUCAACAUUGCGUCGGGUUUUCAGGAAUCGCAGUUGGUAGAACUGGAGGAAGUAGUUUUUACGUCGCAAUUACCUCUGCACGAGUUGUGGUUGAGAGUCGAAAAGUUACGGGAGUCGUGUCAUUGGUUGCCGUACUCAGGCGAUGACUGCGAAGAUUUGCAAAGAAUAGUCUUCACUGAAGACGUGAACGAGUUGAUUCACCCCAUCACAAUGCCGGAGAACACGUUUAAAAUGGUCGCCACCAUUUUAACGUUGCUAAAAAUACCGCUGCUACCGUGCAGACACACCACUAUGCAAGACUUGGGUUUAGAUUUUGUACCGUGGGCUUUGGACUCUCUAGAAAGCUUGCUGCCGAUAUAUUUAUCACUGAACGGCGUCGAUACGUUGAAGAAAAGCGUCUUUAUAGACCACAAGCUAGCUGUUGGGCCGCAGUAUCUAAAAAACCUCCCUGGACAGGACGAGUAUUUAGAUUUCAUAUUAACCACGAUUAAAAACUGUUCUGAUUGCUUGACAGGAGACGAUAAAAUAGCCGUUACAGUGUGGUGGUUUCGCUUCCAAAGGAUUCUAAUAGUUUUAAACAAUGUAGGAGGUUUCAACAUGUCUUCAAACUUGAAGAAGAAAAUCAAAAACAACAUCAAAAACCUACUGAAACUAGAGGAAAACCGCAACAACCAAAUGUAUUAUUCCGAGUAUGCUUUGAUAGAGCAUGAGCUGGGUAAUACCGAAAAAGCCGUUUCCGUCUUAAAAUCCACUUUGGCAGUUAAUAGAAAUAAAGAAAUCAACCUGGAAAAUCUCCCUACAAAUCAGUGCAAACUCCUUAAACAUUUAAUAGAAGUCAACGUGAAUAGUGAGGAAAACAUCAAAGACAUAUGCAGCUUUGUGUUGGGAAAAGAUCUCUCAACUAUCAAUGAAAAUAUAAUUGAAGAAGCCAUAAUGACGUCCAAUUCAAUCACCUCAAAACUAUUAGAACAAACUUUCAUCAAAAAACACCCUGUCCAACAAUUUAUGCCCGACUUCCUCACCGAUUUUACAAUUUGCACGGGUUGGUUAAUUUACCUAACCCAAGGCCCAGUCCAAUCAGGUUGCUUCAUUGAAGACCUCCUUUCGAAGUUAAAUUUACUUGAAAACGUUUCGUGGCAAAAAGAAAUCUUGUAUGAAUUUUAUGUCGCCAUUCUGUUUAAGUAUUCCUCGGAAAAUCCCGGAUCGGGGACUUUCAAGUUACUCGAUGAUGUGCUGCAUAAGGCCAUUGCAUUGUAUCCGAAUAAUUUGUUUGUGUUGGGUAUUCUUGCCAAAGAGCAGUUUUUAAUACAGGCUGUGGGGUAUCAGUGGUGGAAAGUGGAAAAUCUGCUUUUGAAGACCGAGCGGGUUUUUCCUAUUUUGUUGGCCCUUUUAAUACCUCUGGAGCAAUUCAUGAAUAUGCAGCACAGUGCCAUAGACACAAUCACUGGCCAAUAUUGCAUGCCAGCCGAAGGUGUCAAACUAUCAGAAAAAUCAAAAAUUCUUACAACUGAUGAAAUUAUUCAAAUAGCAGAUUUAUUUGUUAACGAAGGGGUAACAAAAAUUAGAUUAACAGGGGGUGAACCCACUACAAGAAAAGAUUUAACGGAUAUAAUAACCCAAUUAAAGCAAUUAAAUGGUUUAGAGUGUGUGGCAAUGACAACAAAUGGUUUGGUUCUCACCAGGCAAUUGGUUGCUUUGCAGAAAGCAGGUUUGGACAUUUUAAAUAUUAGUUUGGACACGAUUAAUAAAUCUCGUUAUGAAAAAAUUACCAGAAGGAAAGGUUUGGAAAGGGUAUUAAUGGGUAUAGACUUGGCUCUUCAGUUGGAUUAUAAUCCUGUAAAAAUAAACUGUGUUGUUAUAAAAAAUUUUAAUGAGGACGAAAUACUUGAUUUUGUUGAAAUGACUAAAGAAAAAAAUGUUGACGUAAGGUUCAUAGAAUAUAUGCCUUUUUCUGGCAACAAGUGGGAAGUUGAUAAAAUGGUAUCCUACAAGGAAAUGCUGGAUAUUAUCCAUAAAAAAUGGCCUGAAUUUUCUCCCCUUCCAAACGGUAAAAACGACACGUCAAAGGCGUGGAAAGUUCCAGGAUAUAAAGGACAAGUUGGUUUUAUAACAUCAAUGAGUGAACAUUUCUGUGGUUCAUGCAAUAGAUUAAGAAUUACUGCCGAUGGAAAUCUUAAAGUAUGUUUGUUUGGAAAUACUGAGGUCUCUCUAAGAGAUGCCAUUAGAAGCAAAUGUUCACAAGACGAUUUGGUGGCAUUAGUUCAAGCGGCUGUCAAAAGAAAGAAGAAACAACAUGCAGGGUUGCCAGCACACAAAAAACACGCCCUGUGGCCACUGCAUACUUUAAAAACGAACCCAUCUAGUCAUCCAAACUUGCUAACGGCAACACCGCUACAGCACCAGUCGGUCAGCUUCUACUGCGCCGGCGCGGAAAAAAGUUUCUCCCACGUCGACGCAGACGGCAAAGUGCGCAUGGUCAACGUCUCGGGAAAAAUCGCGACGGUUCGCAGAGCCACCGCCAGAGCGAGCGUCAGAGUCGGCCACGAAAUCGCCACCUUGAUCAAGGAGAACAACGUAAAAAAAGGCGACGUGCUGAGCGUAUCGCAGAUGGCCGGGAUAUUGGCCGCGAAAAAGACGGCCGACAUCAUCCCGCUCUGCCACAACAUCCCUCUCACCGGCGUCGAGGUGACGGUGCAACUCGACAACGUGCUGAAGCGAGUGCUGAUCGAGGCGACGGUCGAGUGCGAGGGUAAAACGGGAGUGGAAAUGGAAGCUUUGACGGCCGCCGCCGUUUCGGCUCUCACGGUUUACGAUAUGUGCAAGGCCGUCACCAAGAACAUCACCAUCGGUGAUAUUCAUUUGGAACCUAUUUAUUAUGCUCGACAUGAGAAAGUCGCAGCCAGCGAACUGUCGUACAUAAAAAUAAAAAUAAUCGAGUUGCUGCUAAAACAAACACAAUUCGGCGUAGGUGAGGACAAAAAGGGAAUACAGAAGUUGGUGUCACUUGGAGUGGUGCAAGAUUACUAUGCUCUUCACACAGGAACCAUUCAGUACGAGUAUUGGCACAAUGAUGAUCUACUGAAUGAUAGAACCGUACGAAACCUUAUUAUCUUACCACCACUAUUAUAUUAUGAAUAG